GUUUAUGAAAAUCUACGAUGAAAAUGCAAUCAACAAGGAGAUAUAAUUGGAAAAUUGGAAGAUAUGUUUGAUAUUCUCAGAUACAUACUUAGAGCAAAAUGGAUAUUUCGUCAAGCUGUACCGAUAAUGACGGAGAGAUACAUAUUACCUACGAUCAUGUAAAGUUAGAAGAAAAAUCAGGAUUAAUAGACGUUGUUGAACAAUUUAUAGACAAAAAUGGAGUUCAUGAUGGAGAAGAACUUAUAAUCAAAAAUGAAGAAAGCAACCCGAAUUACUUAGUUGUAGAAGUCAAUGAAAAUCAAUUGUCAUCUUCACCCAAAGUAUUAUACCCAGAGAUGAGUAAUUCUCAACUGGCUCACUUGGAGCUGAAUGAAUAUCGUAAGGGUCAGACGUCAGAUUACCCUGUGGGCGAAAAUCAUUUUGAAGAACAUAUAAUAAAAUAUGAUAACAUACACGAAUGUCACUCCUGUGAAUUCGUUACAAAUAUAGAAAACCAGCUUGAAAAACAUAUAAAAUCUGUGCAUUCGAAUACCAAAAAUCACAAAUGUCACUUAUGUGAAUAUGUUACAAAUAGAAAAGGCGACUCAUUUAUUAUCUUCUUCUACCAAAGAAAUGCCCGAAGAUCCUCUGAUAAAUAAUGAAAACAACACACAAGACAGAUUAUAGAAGAGGUCUUGUGUCACAUAUCAAAUCUAGUCAUUCGAAUAUUAAGAAUUACAUGUGCGAUGUAUGUGAGUAUGUUACGAAUUGGAAAGUAAACCUACAAACACAUAUCAAUUCUGUUCAUUCAAAUAUCAGGAAACAGAAGUGUAAUUUAUGUGAAUUUACUUGUUAUAAAAAAUAUUUACUUGAAGUGCAUGUGAAAUCUGUUCAUUUGAAAAUCGAGGAACUCCAUUGUCAUUUGUGUGAGUUUGUUACAAACAGCCAAGACACUCUUCAAAAGCAUGUCGACUCUAUUCAUUUUCAUAACAAGAAACACAAAUGUAACUUUUGUGAAUAUGCUACGAAUGAAAAGAGAGCCAUCAAACAACAUGAGAAUUCUGUUCAUUUGAAAAUAAAGGAACACAAGUGUCAGCUAUGUGAGUAUGCUUCAAGUAGAAAACAGUACCUUCAAAGGCACGUGGAUCAUGUUCAUUUGAAUAUUAAGAAAUACAAAUGUCACUUAUGUGAAUAUGGUGCCAGUGAGAAACAUUUGAUCCAAAAUCAUAUAAAAGCCUUUCAUUUGAAAAUUAGGGAACACAAAUGUCACUUAUGUGAAUAUGCUGCCAGUAGGAGAUAUGUGGUCCAACAACAUGUGGAAAGGGUUCAUUUGAAUAAAACGAUGCACAUGUGUCACCUAUGUGAAUUCGCUGCGAAUAGAAAGAAAGAACUUGAAGUACAUAUAAAAUAUGUUCAUUUGCAAAUAAUUAGCAAAUACAAGUGUCAUCUAUGUGGAUAUGGAACAAAUAGCAAUUAUAACUUUCAAAGACAUUUAAACGCUAUUCAUUUAAAUAUCAAGGAAUACAAAUGUCACUUAUGCGAAUAUGCUUCCAAUAAGAAAUAUAUGGUUGAACGACAUAUAAGUUCCGUUCAUUUGAAAAUUUACUAAUACAAGUGUCAUCUAUGUGUGUAUUGUACAAAUAGAAAAGGGGACCUUCAAAGGCAUAUUAACAAUGUUCAUUUGAAUAUCAAGAAAUAUAAAUGUCACUCGUGUGAAUACGCCUCUAAUGUAAAAUUUACCCUUGACGUACAUGUAAAAUCUGUUCAUGCGAAAAUUGAAGAUGUCGAGUGUAUGUGAGUAUGUUGCAAGUAGAGUGUAUCUUCAAAAUCAUGUAAAAACUGUUCAUUUAAAUUACAAGUAAUUGUUUAUUAAUAUACUUAAGAAAUACGA